UGUCUUUAUAUUAUUGACCCAAAACGUAUCAUUCGUGUGGUCUUGAACGUGGAUUGCGGUGUGCGCAUUGCAACGGAUGAAGUUGUCCGCCUGGUUCGUGAACUUCAUGCCAACGAUCAGAUUCGCAAAUCCGACCAAGGUUGA